AUGUUAAUGAAGGCAGCAUGUCGGCACCUCCAACGCCGUUUGAGGUCAACCGCCGUGCCAUCAGCGGCUGCAGCAGCGCGCGUGGAAGCUCUUAGCCACCGCAAUGCCGUCUUCUCCAGAGAACAGGCCAGGCAGCGGGCUCUGUACCCCCGCGUGGAGAAGAUCGAGGUGUCCAUGCAAGGCCCGGGCCUGGAUGGUACUCUGCUCAUCAUGAACAAAGGAAUGUCCACGCCACAUAGCUGUGCUAGACAUCUAACAGAACAUCAUGUGACCAACUCUGCUUUGGCCCUGGUGGACGGAGAAGAACUUUGGUCACUCAACAAGCCACUUACUCGCUCCUGCUCGCUCACAUUACUCACGUUUAAAGACAGCGAUCCCACUUUGGUCAACCAGGCUUAUUGGCGUUCCUGCGCCGCGCUCCUCGGUCAAGUGUUGGAGACGGCGUUUAAGGACCAGUUGUCAGUGGAGUUGCUAAGCACGCCGGAAGUGCCAGUUACUUCAGGAGCUUUUAUUUGUGACUUGGUCCUGGACUCUCAGUUGGACUCUUGGACUCCCUCUGAGGAGUCAUUACGCUCUCUGUCCAGAGGAGCCCAGCAGCUCAUCUUUCAGGACUUACCUUGGGAACAUCUGGAGGUGGACCCUUCUGUUGCACUUGAGGUCUUCUCACACAGCAGGUGUCAACAGGAAGCGGUGGAGCAGAAGGCCGCACAGAAUCCAAAAGGAACAGUGACGCUUUACAGAUGCGGCGACCACGUUCUUUUGAGCGGGGGCCCCCUGGUGGCCAGAACAGGCCUGUGCUACCAGUAUGAGGUGACUGCAAUCCACAGCCUGGGCGGAGGGCCCUGGGGCCUUCGCCGCCGCGCUCAGGGCCUCUCGCUGCCUUCCCAACUGGAGGUCCACCACACGGUAUGGAGGAGACUGCGGCGGCGGGCAGGGAAACCGGUGAGAACAAACAUCCAACAGAGACGAACAUCAAAGCUAACGCCUAGCCGCCAGCUCAGGCAGAUCCGCUAG